AUGGUUGCUCGACCCCACCGGAAGUUCAACCGAGCCCUUUGCAGCCUUUACCGCCUGCAGCGAACAGAGAAGGCUUUGAGGAGACAGCCCGUCGCGGUCUUUGGGCCCUACGGUCGAUCACUCGACCUUUCACGCUAUGGAACCAUCAUCUUUGCUUUGGAAGACAUUGGUCUUUUCCGGGCACUCCCCUACAUUGAGGCGCUUGUUCGCGCAAGUUGCCAAAGAAAAGCCAUGGUGCGUCGGGUUGAAGUUCUUUGGAAACGCGAAAGGCCUUUCAAUAAUCCUGAAUGGUACAAGCAGUGGAGACAGAGGAUAUUCGAUACCGACUGGGAUCAUUUUGAUUGCGCAGUGGACUUUGAAAUAGAAAUGAGGCGAUAUGUUGACCAACAGCGGGGAAAGAUGGCAGUUAUAGUCUGCGCAGGCCCAGAUACUAAUGUGGCUGUUCGAAAUGCAGUCGAAGUGCACUUUCAGAGUUCGGCCCAGGUUUUUGGUCUAGACAUGGGUCCGAACCAUAGCUGGUCCGAGGAAGGACAUGCUGGAAAGGAUGGAUCGUCGGGUCGUCAUCUGAAAGAAUCUGCUUAA